AUGGAAAAAUGUGAUCACUGGUAUGCUGAUGGCACUUUUUCCACAUCGCCAAAUUUAUUUUAUCAAAUUUACACCGUGCACGGAAUUCAAUAUAAUAAUAUUUUCCCAUCAAUAUUUGCAUUGCUGCCAAAUAAAACGGAAAACACAUAUAUUGUUUUCUACAAAUCAUUAAAAACACUGAACGAAUCAUUAAAUCCAAAAUCAAUCAUGGUUGAUUUCGAAAAAGCUGCGAUUAAUGCGAUUCAAAGUGUUUUUACUAACACAUCAGUUCGUGGGUGCUUUUUUCAUUUAUCGCAAAGCGUUUGGAGACGCUUGCAAAACUUAGUAUUCCAAAGAAGGUAUAUCGAAGACUCAGAAUUUGCUUUACAAGUUCGAAUGAUGGCAGCACUUAGUUUUGUACCAGAAGAGGAUGUAGAAAAUGCUUGGAACGAAUUACUGGACUCAGAAUUACUAAACGAAGAAAUUUUAACACCUCUGCCAAAUUAUUUUGAAGAUACAUGGAUUGGACGUCUUGAUCGAAGAAAACGAAGGAAACCAGCAUUAUUUCCAGUGUCAUUGUGGAAUUGUUUUAAAUAUAUUUUCGAAAAUAUUCCCCGGACCAACAAUUCUGUUGAAGGGUGGCAUAAUGGUAUUGCAUCUAGUCUGAAUGCCUGUCAUCCAACUAUAUGGAAAUGUAUAGGUUUAUUUAAGAAGGAGGAGAGCCUUGUACGGUUACAGGUAGAACAACUUAUCACAGGAAAUACUAUGGGUGUUAAACGGAAGUAUAAAGAUCACGCCGAAAGAAUUAAAAAAAUAUGUGACAACUAUAAUAAUAGGAACAAAUUAGGCUUUUUAAAAGGAAUAGCUCAUAAUUUUCAACUUAAACUUUAA